AUGAUGCGCCCGACUGUCUCCUCCCUCCGCGCGGCCCGCGUCGCCCGCUCCGGCGCCGUCCGCGCCUUCUCCUCCCGCGACCUCAUCCCCAACGAGCCCGCUAAGCCCGAGGUCCACACCGACUCCGUCCCCGGCCCCGCUAGCAAGGCCUGCAUCGACAAGAUCCAGGACUCGCGCACCCACGUCGUCGUCGGCGACUACGAGAAGUCGAGCGGCAACUACCUCGUCGACGCCGACGGCAACACGCUCCUUGAUGUGUUCGGCCAGAUCUCGUCGACUGCUCUCGGCUACAACGUUCCCCAGAUGAUCGAGCUCGCCAAGACUCCCGAGUUCAUCCACGCCGCGCUUAACCGCCCGGCGCUUGGUUCGUUCCCGCCCAAGAACUGGGCCGAGGUCCUCGAGACGGGUCUCCUGACUGUCCGCCCGAAGGGUCUCGACCACCUCGUCACCACCCUCUGUGGAUCGUCUGCCAACGAGACCGCCUUCAAGGCGGCGUUCAUGGCUUACCGCCAGCGUGAGCGUGGCUCGGCCGACGCCCCCUUCACGCAGGAGGAGCUCGAGUCGUGCAUGCUGAACCAGGCCCCUGGAGCCCCCGAGCUCUGCGUCCUCUCGUUCAAGCAGGGCUUCCACGGCCGUCUGUUCGGCUCGCUUUCGGCCACCCGUUCCAAGGCUAUCCACAAGAUCGACAUUCCCGCGUUCGACUGGCCCGUCGCCCCCUUCCCUGAGCUCCAGUACCCGCUCUCCGAGCACGAGGCCGCGAACAAGGCCGAGGAGGCGCGCUGCCUUGCCGAGUACGAGGACAUUCUCGUGCGCCACAAGGCGCACAAGCCCGUCGCGGCGGUCAUCAUCGAGCCCAUCCUCUCGGAGGGCGGCGACUGCCACGCGUCGCCCGAGUUCUUCCGCUCCCUGCGCCUGAUCGCGCGCAAGCACGGUGCCUUCUUCAUCGCGGACGAGGUGCAGACCGGCGUUGGCGCCACGGGCACCUUCUGGGCGCACGAGAAGUGGGGUCUCAGCGCCGAGGACGCGCCCGACUUUGUCACCUUCUCCAAGAAGAUGCAGCAGGCGGGCAUCUUCCACCGCGCCGAGACGCGCCCCAACGCGCCGUACCGCAACUACAACACGUGGAUGGGCGACCCGAUGCGCGCGCUGCAGGCGCGCGAGAUCAUCCGCAUCAUCAAGGACAAUGAUCUCGUCAACUACACGCGCGCGACGGGCGACGUGCUCACUGCCGCGCUCAGCGACGUCUUCUCGCGCCACCAGGGCCUCGUCGAGAACCACCGUGGACAGGACGAGGCCACCUUCCAGGCCUUUGACAUUGCCAACCAGCAGAAGCGCGACCAGUUCCUCGGCAAGAUGCGUGCUGCCGGCGUCCAGAUUGGCGGAUGCGGAGACCGCGCCGUCCGUCUCCGCCCCACCCUCACUUUCGGCCCCGAGCACGUCGCCAUCCUCGCUGACAAGAUGGACUCGGUCCUCAAGGAGAUCAAGUAG